CGCCUCCAGCUCCUGCGGUGCGCGGCCUCGCUGCCUCCUGAGCGUGUCCCUCGGCGGGGCCCGGCCGGGCCGGGCCGCGCCGAUGGCUGAAUCCGGCGACCAGGAGGAGUCCGAUACUGCGGGAGAAGCUCAGGCAGAGGGCGAGGCCUCACCUUGGGCCUGUGCCGAGUACCGGCUGCUGGUGUGGACGGCGGCUGCUGUGCUGGUGCCCGUGUUACUGACGCUGUGGUGCAGCGUGAGGAGGGCCCGGCGAGAAGAGGCUCUGAGGAGAGGCCCCGGUCUGGGCCUAGGCUUGGGGCCCUCGCCCGGUGCCUCGGCCCACAGUUGGCGCUACAUCGACCUCUUCAUGCGCCCCACUUACUGCAGCGUGUGCGGCCAGGCCACUCUUCGCGGCUCCUACUGCCCUUGCUGCGGCCUCUGUGUCGAUGAUUCGUGCCUGGCCCGCGCCGAGCGCCGGCUCCGCUGUAAAGAGGCGGUGCAGCCGGCUCCGGCUCCGGCCCAGGCCCAGGCCCACCACUGGGUCCGCGGGAACCUGCCGAUCUGUAACUCGUGCUCGGUGUGCGGCCUGCAGUGCGGCUCGCAGCCUCGGCUCUGUGAUUACCGCUGUGUCUGGUGCCAGCGGGUGGCUCACGAUGGCUGCGUGGUCCAGCUCCCCGCCGCCUGUGACCUGGGCCCGCUACGGCGCGCCGUCAUCCCCCCGCGGUAUCUCUACACGGCCCGGCGGCGGCGGCCGGGCUCCAGGGACCUUCUCAGCCAGCUCUCUUCCAUGUGCCCAGAAGACUGGACCCCAGUUCUCGUCCUGGCAAAUGUUCGCAGUGGAAACAACAUGGCUCAGGAUCUGAUGGGAGAAUUUCAAACCCUCCUUAAUCCCAUUCAGGUUGUUGAUCUCGAUUCCUCAACUCCAUACAAAGCUUUGCAGUUGUGCACACUUCUACCAAAACACACAACGAGAGUGCUGGUUUGUGGGGGAGAUGGGACAGUAGGCUGGGUGCUGGACGCCAUUGAUGAAAUGAAAUACAAGGGACAGGAGCAGUACAUGCCAUAUGUGGCUGUUCUCCCUCUUGGAACAGGCAAUGAUUUGUCAAACACUCUCGGCUGGGGUGCUGGAUACACUGGUGAUGUCACAACGGAAGAGAUUCUUCAGAAUGUUCUAGCCGGGGAGGUAACCAAAUUAGAUCGGUGGAGUGUACGGGUGACAAAGGGAUUUUACAGCUUUCACAGGCCCAAGAUUUACACGAUGAACAAUUAUUUCUCCAUUGGCCCAGAUGCUCUCAUGGCUUUAAACUUCCACGAAUGCAGGCAGCAAAGCCCUUUCCUUUUCUCCAAUCGGAUUAUUAAUAAGGCAGUUUAUUUCUUCUAUGGGACCAGAGACUGUUUAGUUCAAGCUUGCAAAAAUCUGGAUCAGAAGAUUGAGUUGGAGCUGGAUGGGGAAAGGAUUGCAUUGCCGAAACUGGAGGGGAUUAUCGUUCUCAACAUUGCUUACUGGGGAGGGGGCUGUCGGCUUUGGGAAGGCACAGGGGACAAGUCUUAUCCUCCUGCCAGUCAUAGUGAUGGGCUGUUGGAAGUAGUUGGUGUUUAUGGCUCAUUCCAUUGUGCUCAAAUCCACGUGAAAUUGGCCAACCCAGUACGACUGGGCCAGGCCCACACUGUCAGACUGAUUCUGAAGAACUCGGUGAUGCCCAUGCAGGUUGAUGGGGAACCCUGGGUUCAGGGACCAUGUACUGUUGUGAUCACUCACAAAACCCAAGCACUGAUGAUUUCACCAUCAAAACAGCAGCCAGAGGAUGAUCUCCCGAGUGGGAGUGCAUCAGCACAAGGCACAGUGAAAAGUUGAUACUGGCAUUCAGAGAGAUACAGAGGCUAUCCUGUCCAAACUGCCUGUCUGUGGGGUUGAAGGGGUGUCUGUCGUAACAGGGAAAGAUGCACUUUACCAGAGUAACUUUACUCCUCUCAGCUUGACUGAUGAUGAGCAGAAAGAGAUGACAGCCGAGAAACAUCAGAUACUGCGAUCCAUGAGAGAGCUGGAGGGAGGGAGUGUGAUCACUGUGGCUGGGGGAUCCCCUGAUCCUUGGGAUUGGGCAUGAUUACUUUGUGGGAAAUUGUUUGCUGCAGGACAGUGGAGGGACAACAGGAAUCGGGGUGGGGGAUGAUUUCUGAUUACAUCUGCAAGAGCUGUCUUGUAGAGGGAAAUUUACUCCGAAUCUGACCCUGUGCUAUCCCCGUCCUGGGAGUGUUUCUUGGGGACAGUGUAGAGAGAGCUUUACCCUACCCUGUAUUUAAUCCGGUGCUGUCCCUGUCCUGGGAGUGUUUGAUGGAGACAGGGUCAGGGUUGAAGUAUGUUAUCUUCCCAAAUACAAUGUUUACCAAAGGCAGCGUGCUGACCCUGUCCCCUCUCCCCCACGGUCUUGUUUAGUUAAUACAGUUCCCCCACAUUGGUAAUUCCCAGCAGAUAGAUUGGGUUGGCUGGUUUAAUUUUUGCUGCCCCUCCCCUGGACCAGCUUUCUGUUUCUGAAGUUAUUGUUUCUGGAUCGUUGUGGUUUACAGUUUAUUUUUUGUCUUGCUGUGUUUGCACUGAUUCUGGACCUAAUUGAGUCUUUGCACUGUGGCUGUUUACCGUGGUUAUUGUUACUGCUUCAUCCAUAUUCUUACUGCAGGAAUCUGGAUUGCACUGCUGAUAGCUGACACUGUCUGAGUUGCAGGUCAACAACUGACUGGCUGGCUGAAAACAGGUUAACAACAUUUCUGUAACCAAGAGAAAAGUCCCAAACUGCUUCCUAGGUGCAGUUCUCAAACACAAUUGGACCCUGAGCCACAUCAGGAGAUUAAAACGAGAGAGAGAGAAAUUUUAAAGGCUAAGGAGGUCUGAGGCUAAGCUUUGUUUGUGGCUUUCAUGGAAACACAGAACCGAGAGGCACCUGGAGAGGUCCAGGUUCUGCUAUACCCCAGGCCCCACAAUCCCUCAUCAGUGGGGGUCAUGAAGUGAGGCUGCUCCUGGGGAUUGGGGGAAUGGAGGGGAUUGUGUUUGGACCGUGCCGAACUGUUGUUAACCCCACUUCCACCCUGAUCAGGAUUGAGUAUUUGGGUGAGACUGAUUCUGCUCUUGAACCAGAUUCUGUCUUUUUCCCUGAUUUGGAAAGUGGUCUCCAUAUGUCACAUUUUUAUCUUCCCUUGCUCCUGGGAGCAGUGAUGUCGUGUUCUCAUUCCAUCUGUUGUAAUUUGUGUAAAUGGGGAGGGAAGAUUAAUGUCCUGAUUGUGGUUAAACUUUGUGUCAUAAAUAAUGUGAAAUAAAUUUAGCGCUAGCUCUAUAA